CCGAAGACGUUACUAACUUUUUUCCAAGUGUAAAUAUAUCAAGUCGCAGUAUCGAACAGAGGAUACAUAAUAAUUAAUUUCUUAAUAGCCGUGAUAUUUACGUAUUCACAUAGAAUAUAUGGCUGAAGGAAAACUUUCAUUAUAAAAUUUUGGAAAGGUGUUAAAAUUUCUUGGAUCUUAUAGUGUAUACAAAAACACAAAAUGCUGGUAAUCAUUGAAAUAUUAUGCGGGCUAAUUAUCUUCCUGCUCUAUUACUACUUUACUGCCACCUUCAAUUUUUGGAAGAAACGCAAUAUACCGGGUCCUCAACCUGCACUGUUUUUCGGCACGAUGAAGAAUAUUAUACUUGGAAGAACGAUACUCGCGAAGUAUCUCAAGAGUAUAUAUGAUGCCUAUGAGGAUGCACCGUUCGUAGGAAUAUUUAACAUGAGAGAGCCGAUCCUGUUAAUAAAAGAUCCUGAACAUAUAAAAAAUGUUCUCAUUAAAGAUUCUGCCUUAUUUUCUAGCCGAGGUCUCCCCGUCUACUCAAAGGCGGAGCCAUGGAACAAUUUUCUUUUUUUUGCGGACGGACCAAUGGCACACGUCAUUAGGACGAGGAUGUCAACAAUUUUUACACCUAGUAAAAUUAAAGAGAUAUAUCAUACGAUGCUAGAAUCUUUGGAGCGCUUGGACAUUUACCUCGAAGAAUCAUUACCGAGGAACGAUCAUAUGAUAAAUUGUAGCGAAUUGGGUGCUAGAUUAACUGCUGACAUAAUCGGCAAUAAUUUAAUGGGCAUUAAUAUGACGACCUUAACGACAGAAAAUUUUGAAAAGAAUGAUUUUAUAAGAUAUUCUAAUAUGACUCGUGGCACAAACUGGAGUAUUAUAGUGAAGGUUAUAAUGCAGAAAACAUUUCCGCGAUUGUACAACCAGAUUGGUUACUAUUUCUUCAAUCAUGAAGAAGUAAACAAUUUUUACGUUAAUUUUUUGUUGGAAAUUAUGGAAUAUAGAAAAAAACAUGGUAUUAUUAAACCUGAUGUAGUAGGUUUACUGAUGGAAAUAAAGGAAAAUCCUGGAAAACUCUCUGAGAUUACUGGCUCAGACGUAUCGAAUGAGUUUCUGGCUUCCUACAUUUUUGGAUUUUUCUAUGCGGGCUACGAGACCGCUGCAUCGACGAUAUGUAAUACGUUAUACGAACUGGCUUUUCAUCCAAAUAUUCAAGAUAAAUUACGAAAAGAGAUACUGGACACGUAUGCGAAAAAUAACGGUCAAUUACUAUAUGACCAUAUAAACACAAUGCCUUAUUUAAAUGCAGUUUUUAAAGAGACACUGAGGAAAUACCCACCAGCAGAUUCAGUACAACGAGAAGUAUCAACAAGCUAUACUUUCAAAAAUACUGAUAUAAAUGUGCCGAAGAAACAGAAAGUCAUCAUAUCUAUUCAUGCACUUCAUCAUGAUUCAAAAUUAUACCCUAAUCCAGACAUCUACGAUCCAGACAGAUUUAUCGACGAGAUGUCGCAUCCCAGAGACCCAAUGCAUUACUUACCGUUUGGACAUGGACCAAGAAAUUGCAUCGGUGAACGAUUAGGCAUCCUUCAAAGCAAAGUUGGACUCAUUGGUAUUUUGCGAAAUUACAAAAUCGAUGUUUGCGAAAAGACCGUAACUUCAUACGGAUAUGUUAGUCACAGAUUUGUCACAGCGCCAAGUACAGAUAUAUUCAUUAAAAUGACAAAAGCAAACUAAUUCUUAUAUUGUAAUAUUGAUUUGUCAUUUUUAUUAUAUAUCAUAUUAUAGUUAUAUAUAUGUGUACAUACGCUCACAUUUAUUAUUAAAUUUGCUGAUAAAAUAUAUGACAAGUAUACAGAGAAUAACGAUUCAUUUGAGACUAAUAAAUUAAAAUAGUAGAUAUCACUUGUUUACAUACAAGUGUGCGUAAGCGCGCGCGCGCGCGCGUGUGUGUGUGUGUGUGUG